AAACGGUCACCAAUAUGAAAAGAAGAAUCAUAAACUGCUAACAGUGGAAAAAGUACAGGAAGUGAAUUCACAUGGAUGGAAACUCAGUUGGAAAAGCAAAGAUUUUUAGAUUAAACCUUUGUCGCCGCAUUCAUCCCUCUAUGAAACUCACAGCUUAUUUGCUGCCAAUGGGAACACUGAAUAAGCGGUUUUUUUAGCUGGAAAUAAAAGCCAACUUGCGAUGAAUGAUGUACAUUAGUGUUCAGUGACCGGAGAUGCGGAAACGAGCAACAUAUCACGUGAUUCCAAAGUUACAUCUGACAUCCGAUUCAUCUUGAUGGUGUAGUCCCUCAUCUAGAAUAUACAUCAAUGUCUGGGUUGAAAUGGUGUCAAGCAUACUCGAUGGAUAUUUUAAACUGUUCUGGUAUAUGUUUCGUUUUUCCGCCGAGAAUAUGAAAUUAUUUCAGCUUAUUUUAGUUUUCCACAAUUAAUAUUUUCGUUUAUAGAAAAUUUCCCACUUUCUGUUUAUUUAUUCCAACACCACUUAUUUGAAAGCAAAUCCCCAAACCAGUUAUUGAUCAUUGGUCAGUAGAGUUGUCAUAUGUCGUGCCAGAGCAUAUGAUACGCAGUAAAAAUGAAUAUAUGCUGGAAAAUACAAAUGAUACAAUGAGAUAGAAAGUGCCUGUUUCAUACUGAAAGGUAUUGUCUCUAUCUAUAUUGGUAUUUCUUCAUCUAUUCGUUCUUCUCUGUCUGAAAAAUAUAAAUAUUUAUAUUUGUGUAUGCUGGCACCUAUGACGGUAGGUGUGUGAGUAUGUGUCGAUAUACAGAUAUGUAUCCUCUGGCUUCGUAAAGAAAAUUCAGAAUGCUGUUGUGAUAUAUUUUAUUCUAGUUUCAAACAUUAUAUAUAUAUAUAUAUAUAUAUAUAUAUAAUUCAUUUGAUCUUAUUCUAAAAUCAUAUUGUCAUCAAAAAAGGGUUUGGCCGAGUUGUGAAAUAAAAGAAAAUACUUAUAUAAACUCACAACAUGGCCCAUAUUAAUACUUGUAUCUUACUGCUGUUUAUUGCAUUGAAUUUAUCAGCUAUUGAAAGUCUCAACCAAGGAACACCACCGACAGUUAGUAUGGCUGUAUUAGUACCUGAGAGCCCUUUUAAGAAAUCUCAACUCAUUGGAUAUAUUAUACGCUCAAUCAAUCAAUAUCGACGCAAACAACUGCCAUUUAAACCAACCGGUUACCUACAGUCUAUUAAAUCUGGGAGUACUAAAGAAAUACUGGAUGCUUUUUGCAAUGAUUUCUUUCGGAACAAUACCAUAGCCAUAAUGUAUAUUAACAACCAAGUCAUAUUACAAGGGGACCCCUCUGCGGGGAGUUAUGUAACUCAGUUGGCGCACGCAGUUGGAAUACCCGUCAUUUCCUGGAAUCCCGAUCGUACCAUGGCCAUUCAGGAAGACACUUUAGUGUUGGAAUUAGCUCCACGAAUUCAUCAUGAGUGUGAAGCCAUGUUAAGCCUCCUUGACCAUUAUAACUGGACCGACUUCACCAUAAUAACGACACAGGCCGACGGCUACAGUGAAUUCACCUACACUUUACGGAGGCUUGCCAAAAAAUACAGUAAAACCUAUUCGCCAGAUGUAAUCCAACACAUUCAGUUUGAAAAAAAAUUUCGAAUAAUAACUGAACAUAUAAUUCAAAAUACUACACGACCAGCCAUCAUAAAAAACUUAGAGAAAUUACAAAAAACGGACACCCGGAUUAUUUUAUUAUAUGCAAACAGGCAUGAGAUGCUGACCAUUAUAGAACAGGCGCAUUUACUUGGGAUGACCAGUAGUAAAUACAUGUGGAUAAUCUCCCACAAGUCCCUUGGCAAACAAACACAGACCGAAGGGUCUCUUCCAGCCGGUAUUUUAGGUAUUUCAUUUGAGUUUGAGAUGAACCAUAUGAAACUGCUCAUUGAAAGAGCGACAAAGAUUUGGACAGAUGCAUUGAUAGUUUUGGCCCGGCACACGACUAACUUAAAUGGUCCAUCCUUUCAUUUGAAUAUGUCAUGCGAUGGAACCCGACCGCUACGUUGGGAAGAGGGCAAACAUUUAUAUAGGUUGAUGAAGAAUGUAGUCGUGCAAAGAUAUCGACAGACGCCCGUGGAAUUUAAAAAAGACGGCACCCUGAAAAAUGUGGAGAUUAAUAUCGUCAACCUUCAAAGAAAUAGAAAGUGGAAGCUGGUAGGUAAAUGGGACAAUAAUGGUUUGAAAAUGCAUGAUAUCAUCUGGCCAGGAAAUUCCACAUCCCCACCAAUUGGUAAACCCGACAGAUUUUUCAUGCGAGUUGUUACUCUUGAGGAAAUACCGUAUGUGCGCUACCAGGACAUGGAGUCGGAUAAAUGUUCGAGCAAUGCUGUUCCUUGUAAAGUUCGAAAAGAAAUUGAACAAAAGAAUGGGAAACGACAAUUCACAAAUGAGACAAUACCCCGUUGCUGUGUUGGUCUUAGCAUCGAUCUUCUUAGAAUCCUCAGUGAACGCAUAGGAUUUGAUUUUGAGCUCUUCGAAGUAGAAGACCACAUAUGGGGAUCAAGGCAAACUAACGGAGAAUGGAACGGUUUGGUGCGAUCCAUACUGGACGAUAAAGCAGAUUUUAUCAUGACUUCAAUGAAAAUUACUCCAGAACGUAGUAAAGCCGUCGACUUCACCGUACCAUUUUUGGAAACAGGCAUCACCAUUAUUGUGGCCAUUCGAGAAGGAGCUGUCUCACCAACUGCCUUUCUAGAGCCCUAUGACUACCCAGCUUGGUGUUUGAUCCUCGUAUUCAGCGUUCAUGCGACAGGAGCGUCCAUUUUCAUUUUCGAAUGGCUUAGUCCAUUUGGACUGCAUCAAGGAAAAACCCCUAUCCGAGAGCACAAGUUUUCUUUGUUCCGAUCGUUUUGGCUGAUUUGGGCCAUGCUCUUUGGUGCAUCAGUUAACACAGACAAUCCGCGAGGAGUCUCCAGUCGUUUUCUCGGCAACGUAUGGGCACUUUUUGCGUUAGUCUUCCUUGCAAGUUAUACAGCGAAUCUAGCAGCCUUUAUGAUUACAAAAGAGGAAUUCUACGAUUUGUCUGGCAUUCAAGAUUGGAGGCUGAUGAAUCCACACGCUCUAAAGCCGCCAUUCCGGUUCGCUACAACACCAAACGGAAGUACUGAAACUAACUUGAAAACGAACUACCCGAGUAUGUAUAGAUAUAUGAGUAAGUUUAACCAGCGUGACGUCACAGAAGGAAUAUAUGCUUUGAAGAAAAAGUAAGCCGUCAUACUAUUAUCUAGAGUGUUCGAGUACAGAGCAG